UUUCUAUGCUAAAGAAGCUAAAGUUGGAAAUUAAGGAUGUUACUGAAAAAUUUCGGUCGAAUAGGAAAUAUACAAGCCUUGAAAGAGUAAAGGAAGUGGAGAAAAUUGUGCUUACAGAAAUACAUAAUAAGGAUUUAGAAUAAAAAGAACUCUUAUUGCAUUUAGCUUUAGAAAUUGGUCAUCCCUUAAAAGUCAAAUCGAUAGAGUUAAAAGAGGAGUUAGAGAAAUUGUUGUAAUUGGUGUUAAUCGAACUAAUCAAUUGUAAGGAAAAUUUGAAUAAAGAUGCCAGCGAAUAUUACUUAUGUUUGGAAGCCAUAAAUGAUAAAUUAUAUACAAUAAUUGCAUACAAACUUAGAUAAUUAAUGAAAUAUGAAUAAUUCAAAUUUAGAAUUCCUAGAUUUGGCAAUACUUAGAAAUUGCUUUAAAAAAAAAUUAAUUAAUUGUUAGCUUGUGAUAUUAGUCAUUCAUUUUUGCAAGAAAGGAGAGACGCUGAAUAUGUUGAAUAAAUUCGUAAGUAAUACUAAGAGAAAAAGACAAUAAAAAAUCUUACGUAUGGUUUUAUAUUGGUUUAUUUUGGAAUAUUAUUUAGAUAGAAAAAGUGGUUUUAAUCAAUAAAUAAACAUUAUAGAUAUGCAUUAUUUGGUUUUGUUGGCGCUGUGUUAUUUUAUCAAUUAUAAUGA